CAUUUUUCUAAAAAAAUAGUUUCGUGAAGGGUAAUUUAGAAACCCUAGCCAUUGCCAUUACCAUCGUCCUCCCCCAUUAACUGGUCAAAUUCGUCAUUACCGUCGGGGAUCAGGAUCGAGAUUUUGUGAGUUUUUGAUAAUGGCGAGGAGAGAGAAGCGAAAGGGUAAAUUUGAUGCAGAAGACGGAGAAGGAAAUAAUGAUGUGGUAAUACUCAGUAGCGACGACGAAGAAGCAAACGAGGACCUGAGCUUGAAGAUCGUGGAGAAAGCCCUGUUGAAGCGAGCUGUAAAGCGAGACCAGAAAGUAGGUUCUGUUUUUGAAGAUUCGAAUGGGAGCAGCAUAGUGGAUCUCUGCUCAUCGUCCUCCCAGGAAACAGAUGAUUAUUUGGCGGGGCCAGAUGGGGUCAGUAGUGAGGCGGUUGCGGUUGUGAGAGAGAAAAAUAAAGUUAGGAAGAAGAAGAUGAAGAAAGUCGAAGUGGAAAUUGGAGAGAACUCUUGCAAUAAUUGUACUCUGCUGCGGCAGGGCAUUAUUUGCAAGGAGCAAGCAAAAGAAGAUACAGUUGGCCAGGUGGAGGUACAUGAGAAGGCAGAAACAAUGACGGAUAUAGAGAUGGUUGAAUCUUUGGAUCAAAAGGCUGUUGAGAUAUCUGAUAAUAUGGUGCUCCGGAAGCUUCUUCGUGGACCAAGGUACUUUGAUCCUCCAGAUAGUGGCUGGGAAACAUGCUAUAACUGUGGUGAAGAAGGGCAUAUGGCAGUGAAUUGUCCUUCAGCUAUAAAGCGGAAGAAACCAUGCUUUGUAUGCGGCAGUUUAGACCAUGGUGCCAAACAAUGCCAAAAGGUACAGAAUUGCUUUAUUUGCAAAAAUGGACGCCACCACGCGAAGGACUGUCCAGAGAAACACAACAGUGUCUUUAAGACUGGUAACAUGUGUUUAAAAUGUGGAGAUGCUGGGCAUGAUAUGUUUUCAUGCCGGAAUGAUUAUGUCGAAGAUGAUCUGAAGGAGAUACAGUGUUAUGCCUGCAAGAAUUUCGGCCACUUAAGUUGUGUGAGUCCCGUUGAUGCUGGUCCAAGAGUUAUUUCUUGCUACAAAUGCGGUCAGUUGGGUCAUACUGGCUUGGCUUGUGUAAGGUUACGUGGGGAAACCAUGGGCAUGGGUUCGCCUAGUUCUUGCUUUAGGUGUGGUGAAAGAGGACAUUUUGCACGCGAGUGCACAAAUUCUUUCAAAGUCGGCAAAAGGAAUCAUCAGUUAUCAACCCCACCUCUCAGACCCCAAAGGGAAAAUAAAGACUACUCGGGUUUCAAGUCUGCUCCCUCUGAACUUGGCAAGUCCAAGAGGAAAAGGAUUGUAUAUAAAGAUGGAAGAGUCACAACACCACAAAAAGCAAAACAGAGAGGUGGCUGGAUUUCGGAAGAUCCUGAAACUGUUCCUCGAAAAACCAAAAGUAAACAUUGGAGGUCCCUCUCAAGGGUAACUAAAGAGAGCCAUAAGACAACUAAAGAGAGUCAUAAGAUUUCAACGACAAAAUCCAUUGGUCAUUUUUCAAGUCCUCAUUCUUCUUCUAGUAAGGCUUCUUAUCACAGAUAUUCAUCUUCCAGAUUUGGCAACUAUAGCAGUAGUAAUGAUUUGAGGAGAAACUACGAUUGGUGGUAGGAUUUAAAAUUUCUGUACAAAUAUAGAAAUGCCAGUGGAAGGUCUUUUACACCUUUAACUACAUCACCCACCCAAAGGUGGGUGAGAGUAGCUGACCACUGACCUUAAAAACUUUUUAGUCUCUCUUUUUUGGCCCCCAUUAUUUAACUUCUUCUCUGUGUCAUUAUGAUGUGUUUUUUGUCAUCUGUUGUUUUAAAUACAUCUGCACAAAUAAUAAUAUAAUUUGCCUUUAUGCUUGCUUUCCAA